GUGACGGGACGCUCAGGAUUUGGGACGUGAAAGCAGGCGUCUGCAGAUUGGCCGUUCCUGCACACAAGGCUGAGAUCCUGGCCUGUGAUUGGUGCAAAUAUGACCAGAACAUUGUGGCCACGGGUUCAGUGGACUGCAGCGUCAACGUGUGGGACCUGAGGAACGCCCGUCAGCCUGUCAAUCAACUGCUGGGACACACCUACGCCAUCCGCAGACUCAAGUUCUCUCCGUUCAGUCAGACGGUGUUGGCCUCCUGCUCGUACGACUUCACGGUCAGGUUCUGGGACUACGGCAGAAAUCCACCUCUUCUGGACACUGUGGAGCAUCACUCUGAGUUCGUCUGUGGAUUAGAUUUUAAUCUGCAUGUUCCCAACCAGGUGGUGGACUGUUCCUGGGACGAGACGGUGAAGAUCUACUCUCCCGCCUGCCUCUCCAAUGGAAGUCGCAGCUCUGCAGACGAAUGAGCUGCUGCUGUUAGUGGAGCUGUAGGGUCAGGAGGUUCCUCCCAUGAGGGAUGGAGGGAAGAUGUUUCAGGUAGAACAUAAACCAUGUGAGACUGUAGACACACAGAUCAGAUAACCUCUGGAGCUGCAGGUCCUGUAAAUCAAUCACGUCUUUGAUUUACGUUUUCUCCUUCAACAUGUCAACAGUGGAGCAUCUGAUCAUCUCUUUCUGUUCAAAUGUUUCUACUGAUAUGAAGAGUUAAGAAUUAACUCCAAAAAUUACGUGUUUUGAAAGAUGAAACAAUAAAGUUUUGUGUUUUUGAA